UAGCGUCGUAUGAUUGCAAUGCCUCUUCAGCUUACGAGCCAACACGAUCUGAACAGUUGUCCGCCUUAUGCAACCCUUUUUUAAACCAGACUUGAAGACGGAUACCGGGACUGUCGUGGAUGGCAAAAUUGAGCAUAUAUACCUGUCUGUUGCAUCAUCGCUCACCCAGUGCUUGAAUUAACCUUUUUUUACUUCCGUAUGCCAUUAGCGACAAUAUGAGCUGGCGGAGACACGAGCUCACAAACGGAGUCUGACCAUUGCGCAUUGAGGCGGAACCGCUCAUCUACACGGCCCAUUUUAGAGAUCAUGAAGGUCCUCCUUUCUGACGGAUCGGGCUUGACCUCCAGACAAGUGGCGACGAUUCUUGGCCGCAAAGGCGACGAAGUGCACGUCCUCUGCGCACCGGGACUCUCCCUUACCAAAGUCACGGGAUGGGUCAAAAAGACACAUCUUGUGCCGCAGUUCGGACCAGAUCCCUACAAAUGGCUCCAGUCCGCGCUCCAAGUCAUGAUCCGGGAAAAGAUCAAGACCAUCAUUUGCACGCAAGAGCAAGUAGCUGUUCUCUCAGCGGAGGUCGACCAGAUAAGGAAUCUGGGAGUGGGUAUCGCUGUACCGUCUUUUGAAGCCGUCAGUCGUGUUAUAGACAAGAUCUCGGCCUCCCGCACACUCCAACAAGCAUCACUGCUCCAACCAGAGACCGUCUCCGUGGGCACGGCUGACGAGUUGAGAGGCCAGAUCGGCCUAUUGCCUGCCUUUGUCAAGACCCCCAUCGGCACAGCUAGCAAAGGCGUCAGAUUUGCGAAGACGGCUGAAGACCUAGCCCGUGUUGGUCAAGAAUUUGAUGAUAGCGGUGCAUUUCGCAACAAUGGUCGACUGCUCGUUCAAAAGGCGGUGGCUGGGCCGCUCGUGAUGGUAGAAGGAGUGUUUUCGGGUGGGAGACUGUUGAGCUGGCAUGCAUGCCUACGUGCUCGCGAAGGUCCUUCGGGAGGAGCUGCCAAAAAGACGUCUCUUCCACUUCCUGUGUUCGAGGACGAUAUGAAGAAGCUUGGUGCGUUCUUGAAGUACGAUGCUGCCUUGUCCAUCGACGCAAUCCUUGUGGAGGGAAUACCAUAUUACAUCGACGUGAACCCCCGGAUUACUGAGCCGAUGAAUGCUUUCGAGGCGGGUGUGGAUCUCGUCGAAUCACUACUGAGCAUAUCCACCUCCGCUCGAAGGGCCGAGACUAUCAGGCCCAUUCCGCCGAGUCCUGUAUGUGGAAUAGAGAACAUCAACACACAUCAAUUCGUCCUAGCCGCUAUGAAAGCCGUGGAGAGCGGAAGAUUCGCCUUGCUUCUCGAGAUCUUCACCGCUCUACUUGGUCUCGGCGAGUAUGCCAACUCGACGGAGGAGCUGACACCAGUCAGAGACGAUCCGCUGAGCGCUGUCUUUUUGUGUGUCUUUACGAGCUUAGUAUUGCUCGGGGGCGGACGGGUAGCGAAGUAUCUCGACAAGAGCAGCGUGAGCAAUUAUGCGUUAAGUCCUUCUGGCUGGGAGGCGAUCCUCAAAGCUCAGCAAGCAAAAGAGAUAGGAGAAGUCGGAGCCGAGCCACGCCCAUUGGCAGUUGAAUCCACCCACCUCAGCUCGGAGCUUCCCCUGUGGUAAGAGGUGAAAGGUCUUCGAAUGAGAGAACGGUUGCAUCUUUCCUGAGACAAGCACCAUCUUCCCUAGACACGAGUCUCAUGGCUCGAAGUCCGUCGGGGACGGCUUACAUUAGAAAUCGCAAGCUGCGGCCACCUUUUCCAUGCUGUCGGCUAUCUCGACAUAUUGCUGUCCUCUUUUCCUCAUUCCGCCAGACGACUCCUUGCCCAAUGGCAUUCUCGAGAUCAUCGGGUCAGACGAUGGCUCUAAUACCUCCUUCACAAUCGCCUCAGCGGUCUUCUUUGGGUCCUGUGGCGCUCCGUCAUGCAGCCCUGCAAUAGCCUGCAGCACGUACUCGGUGACAGUUCCCUUAUAAGCAUCUGCAAUGGGUGGCAUCCCCAUCUUCUUCAGAUCGUAAAAGCUAGUCUUCAUCGCGCCUGGCUCGGCAAUCAAAACCCUGACCGCGAAGGGCGACAAUUCAGUGGCCAAUGCCUCGGACACGCCCUCGAUCGCAAACUUGGACGCGGCAUACACAGCUGCUCCAGGAGGAGCAUUCCAAUUGACCGCACUAGAGAUAUUGACGAUAACCCCAGAGUGUCGGCUCCUCAUGGAUGGAGCGAGUGCUUGAAUGAUACGGAUAGGGCCCCAGAAGUUCGUCUCAAACAGUUGACGGGCUUUGUCGAGGCUGUCAGCAGGGAAUGGCAGUCAGCGAUCUUCCUUCGUAGGUGCUGGGUUGCGGUGGGGGUAGAAUCAAGAACGACUUACUCCAUCGUCUCUAAAGGUCCGCCAUCUGCGUACCCGGCAUUGUUCACCACAACGUCUAUGGGUCCGUGUUCUUUGACAAUCUCCUUGAUUUCACUCUCAAGGCUUGGAGCAGAAACGUCCAGUUUCGCCCAAAUACCGCCAAGUUUCUCAAUGUCCUCGACCGCACCAGGAGAGCUGGCUGGGUUGCGGGAUGUGGCGAUACACUUCUGCCCAGCUUCCAGAGCCGCCCGCGCAAUCUCGAGGCCUAAGCCUGUGCUGCAACCUGUCACAAGCCACUGCAUAGCUUCUCG